AGUGACUGUUAGGGUCUGCGGCAGUCGGGUGAAGAUGGGCAGUGAGGGGAGGCUGUAAAGUGUUUAAAAAUACUUACAAACCUAUAAAACUGACAGGUUUACUCGGGCAGCCAUGAAGACGGUGUUUGUGACCGUCGGCACUACGAGCUUUGAUGAGCUCAUUGAACGCAUCACGUCUUCAGACACCGUCCAGGCUUUAAAGGCUCGUGGAUAUGAGCGUUUGGUUCUCCAGGUUGGGAGAGGAUCUCUUCUUCCUGCUGCUGACAGCUGUCCAAACAUCAGACUGGAGGCUUUCCGAUUCAAAGACUCUAUAGCAGCAGACAUCAGGCAGGCCGACCUCGUCGUCAGCCACGCUGGGGCAGGAAGUUGUUUGGAGGCGCUGGGUGCGGGCAAACCUCUGCUGGUUGUUGUCAAUGACAAGCUGAUGGACAACCACCAGCUGGAGCUGGCCAGGGCGCUACACAUGGACUCACACUUGUUGUACUGCACAUGCAGCACCCUGACAGAAACCGUGAGGACCAUGGAUCUCUCUGUUCUUCUACCCUUUCAUCCCGGAGAGCCGAAGCACUUUGCUAACUUCCUGGACAAAGCUCUCGGUGUUUAGAGGACGGAUGUUUUCUGUUACACUAAAGUUUGAUGAUGUUGCUUAUGAUUAUGACGCUGUUGAACAUUUGAGUGUUUUCUAUUUUUGUAUGCGAGAAUAAUAUAUGUCAACUCCUCAUG